CGGAGAGAGCAGGCUGUGGAGAGGAGAGUGGUGGGGUCCAGCUCACACACAGCUCUCCUGAACUUCAGCAGAUCUCAGCGUCUUACUUCUGCAACUGUAUCCAGCCUUCUCCUGCAGAUCGAACUAUGAACCGAAUUUACAACAACCCCCUACCUCAAAUCGCAGGUGAGUUGCACAGAUCACCUCUGGUCUACCUGUAUGGGGGAGACAGGACACUGAUGUCCAACCUGGGGUUUGCUUCUACAAAUAUGCUCUCCAGACAAGACCCUCCCCAGAAACCACCCUACAGCUACAUUGCAUUGAUAGCCAUGGCGAUUAAGGACUCUCCUGACCAUAGAGUGACUCUCAAUGGCAUCUACCAGUUCAUUAUGGAGAGGUUUCCCUUCUACCAUGACAAUAAGCAGGGCUGGCAGAACUCGAUAAGACACAAUCUGUCCCUCAAUGACUGCUUUGUUAAAGUACCAAGAGAAAGAGAAAAGCCUGGAAAAGGAAGUUACUGGACACUGGACCCCAAGUGUCUGGAUAUGUUUGAAAACGGUAAUUUCCGACGCCGGAAGAGGAAGCCCAAACUCCCAUUGUCUCCUGAGGAUAAAAGAUAUAAAGCAGAACCCUGUGACAGCAACGUGUGUGGGGUGGGGGAAGCUAGGGAACCAGAACCUGCUGGUAACAAUGCAGUAAUGAGUGGGAUAGCUCUGGAACCUGAUGCUCAGCUCUCUGGAGCUACCACUGAAGGACAUCCAAGCUCUGGGUGUGAUGAUGACCCUGGUCUGGAGAUGUCUUCUGAUGAGGAAGGUGACCCCAUGGAAACCACCAAUGUUCCAUCAGGUCAGGAUUCCAAUCACCCACGGGUGACCUCUGUCCAUUGGAACAGAUCACAUCCACCUUCAGUUUCCUUAUCUGCAGCAAGCUUGCCGGAAAGGGGUGUCUCACUCAACAAGGAGGAAGAAGAAACCACCAGCAAUCUGGAUUGUGAUGUUGGGAGUGAAAGUGCGAUGGAGAGGCAGAUUUCUUCUAUGGCACAGAAAAGUUUAGAAGAUGCCAACCAGGACGUGGCAAGACCAGGAACUUCAGACUGCAGCUUAAAGACCACCAACCAAAAAAUCCAGAACCCACCCAAACUCUUCAGCAUAGACAGCAUUCUGUCCAAUAAGCGGGUGUCAGGAUCUAAGGAGUGUGCCCAGGACAGGGCUAGUGUCCUCACAGGUAUAUCUAAGGUGACUAUGGACGGGCUACCUGCUAGUUACACAUUCCGCUCUCUGUUUCCAAAUCCCAAUGGGUGUCCUGUAUUCAAUGCCUCUCUAAUGAUUGAUUCCCAGGUGCAGGGCAGAUUUUACCAAUUAGGGGUGCCUGUGUUUUCUUAUCUCCCUCUAGCCUUGCCAGAUACGGGUUAUUCCCAGUAAAAGAUUUUCCUAAAAAGUUUCCUAUAUAUUUUUUUUUUAACCUUGAAUUAAAUCGUUCACAUCCAUCCUGUGUUAGAAUCUAUCCUGCA